AACGAGUGGUUAUUCAGGUUGGAAGCAUCGCGCGAGCGGCGGGUCGAAUCGCAUCAUCGGCGCUGCUGGAGCUCGCACGCGCGUCGCGCCCUCCCAAAUUCGCGGUCCCGCCGAAUCCACCGCACACUCCUGCCCGAGGGCCCCAAGGAUAUCGGUCCCCGAGGAUAACCCCAUCGUGACGGUUUUUCAUCCCUCGACACGUGUUACGAAUUCCCGCGAAAAGUGUCGGGAAAGUGCGGAGGGAAACCCAACGCAACCCCUGCCCCCUCUAUUCGAUUUGAUUUUUGGUGAUUUAAUCGUGAAAUACUUCUUGAGGGACGAUCACUAUUGUGGUGAUAAUCAGUUUGGAACAGACAAUGGGUUUCAAUAAGAAAACAGAAUCUCAAAACACACUUGAUCUCAGCGUGAAUGAUGAAAAGCCGGAAAAGGAUCUUGAAAAGGAGCAGGAGGAAGAGUAUGAUCCGUACAAACAGGAGCAGACAGGAAAAACUACAUCUUAUUUUGAAGCCCUGCUAAUUUUGAUAAAAGCAAGUUUAGGAACAGGAAUCUUAGGUAUGCCGAGAGCUUUUUACAAUGCUGGCUAUCUCCUAGGAACAAUCGGAACUAUUGUUGCCGGGGUUCUUACCACGCAAACGGCUCACAUGAUCUCAAGCACGGAGUACGAAUUGAGCAGGCGGAAGAGAGUUCCUCGGUUGACAUAUCCCGAGACAAUAGAGGCGGCUUUUGAACUGGGUCCGGGAAAUUUUGGUCGCUUCAAACGACUCGCUGGGCAAAUUUGUUACGUAUAUAUGAUUCUGCUUGAGUUUGGCGGUGACUGUGUCUACGCAAUUUUCAUUGCAGAAAAUGUGAAGGCGAUCUGCGACCACAGGUACGGAACGCACAGUCUGCGGUGGUACCAGACGUGGCUGAUGAUCCCUUUGAUCCUGAUCUGUUGGAUCAAGAACCUGAAAUACCUGGCCCCCGGCUCGACGCUGGGCACCGGCUGCGCCGUGGGUUGUUUCGGUGUCAUCUACUACUUCAUAUUUUCGCAGCCGAUCGCCCUUGAGGGCCGCAAGGCCAUCGGCUCCUUCCGAGAGUUCGCCCUCUUUUUUGGUACCGCCCUCUUCGCCAUGGGCGCCUUCGGCAUUGUUGUACCUUUGAAGAACAAGAUGACAAACCCAAAACGAUUUGGUGGCACCUUUGGAGUUGUCAAUGCCACUAUGAUUCCCAACAUGACAAUGUAUGUGUUGAUGGGAUUUUUUGGUUAUUUGGCAUACGGCAAUUUCACCCAAAGCAGCAUCACACUAAAUCUACCUCAGACCGGAGCGAUUGGUGAUGUAAUAAGGAUUUUGAUGGCCGGAUCUAUUUUCACGACGUAUCCAUUGUGCAAUUACGUGGUUACCGACAUGGUGUGGCAUAAGUGGAUGAAGCUCAAAUUCGGGGACAACAAACAUUUGGACAAGUGGGAAUACGUUUUCAGGACCUGCUUGUGUUUCACCAAUUACUUGUGCUGCAUCGCGAUUCCGAACUUGGAGCUGUUCAUGUCCCUGAGCGGCUCGUUGUGCCUCCCUGCUCUGGGCAUCUUCUUCCCGAUCAUCAUCCACACGCUCACCUUCUGGCACUCCUACACCGGCUGGCGCUUCUUCUUCUUCCUCUUCCGGGCUGCCCUCAUCGUCGCACUCGGCCUCUUUGCCUUCCUCGUCUCUUUCAGCACCACCGUUUACGAGAUCGUCACCUCAAUUUUCCUCGCCGAGGACAAUCAUGUCUGACCGGACCCUCCUACUUUUGGUGAGGUUUUGCCUCCGUCAUUAAAAUUUUGGAGUGGAGACAUGGGCAGAACUAGGAAUUUUUGUGAGGGAGCAGAAUGGCACCCUCUCAGGAGGUUCUGAGGGGCACUGACGCACAGUGGAUCGAGUCAAUCGGUGAUGUCGGACAUGGCAUUUUUGACUAAAACUGCAAAUUUUGACGUUUAUCUCGUAACAUUUUUAAUUUUAAGGGGUGCUUCUUUUCACGAAAGAAAAUUUCACAAGGGAAUCAAUGGAACCACUUUUAGAACCUCAUAGUUUUGUAUGAACGGAGUCAUAAGUUUUUAAAGUUUCCAAAUUCUGUCAGACCUCACCUGUUGCCUCGAUUCACCGUUCGAUGGAUGCUCCACGAAGAAGAGCCUGGAGAGGACUUCCCAAGCUCCAAAAAAGUUUGGAGGCCUCCUGGGAAAAAGUUUGAAAACUGCAUCUUCAAGAGCGACUUUGAGCUGUUCUUUCGAGAAAAUUGAUUUAAAUGUGAUUUUAGAGAUGACAGAAAUGUCAUGUACUCAUUUUGCAAAAUCUUUGAAGAAUCCGGACGCACGCCAAAUAAAAUGGGAGCUCUUUAUAGCAUGAGUUUUACUUCAAAACUUUUUCUACGUAAAAUGGCAGCGUAAAUCAGAGUACGUUAGUAAUGGAAAGUCGCGUUACUUUUUAUACUUUUAAAAUUCUAAUUGAAUGUGGGUAGGAAGUUACCAACCGUAUUUUUUAUAAUUUUAUUUUCCUUAAAUGAUCAAAUGUAAUUUUAACUUUAGGAUUUUAGAUAUUUUAUAACCCAGAGAUUCCUGCAGGUCUCUUCAUCUUGCACUAAGGAUUUUAAUUUUUUAUUAUUUCGUAUCCCAGAUGUAUAUAUUACUUAAAGCGCUUUGUAUAGUUUUGAUGGGAUUUUAUAAGAGAUGUCAACCAUCUUGAAAGAUCUCAAUACACGCCCUAUAAUGUUAACUCACUAUUUCACUGUUAAAUCGUUAAAACACAAUUAUGACCAUUUGGAGGGAACUAUAAGUUGCCAUAAUCAUUUUCUCAUUAGGUCGGUUUCUUAUAUUUUAAGUCUUGUAUUGUAUACGUUACGUAUCUAUGCGAUAAGUAUCUCUAUUCCGUAAUUUUUUUAAAAUAAAUUUAGAAGUUUUACGAUCUGAUAAUAAAAGUCUGUUUUGCCCCCGAAAUGGUCAUUAUUGUGGUUUGCUAUCGUAACAGAGGUGAAAAUGUUAGGAUCUAGAGAAAGUAGUUACUUUUUUUAGAAUUAGGAUUUAUUUGUGAAAAGACAAGUAUCUCAUUCUUUUCUGAACAAGUAUUUCUCUUAAAAUAUGUUAAUUUUUUAAGAAAAGAUGUUAUAGAAUAAUUGCAUUCUGUCAGGUGCUUUCACUUCUACCAACACCUUAAAUAAGAAAAGAGACGACGUGCCCAGUGCAGGUCUAAUAAAAGAAUACUAUUCGUAAAA